AUGUUAGAGAUCCUUUUAUCCCCUGGCUCUCUUAGCUGGGGGAGAGGGCUUUUGUGCAUUUUCUCUGCAUUCGUUGUUGGACUUAGUGGUGUAGUCCCGCUUCUAUUUCUCCCACUAGAUAGCAUUUGUCCUAGAAAAGAUGUCAUUUCUCUCAAUAGGUGGCUUAGUUAUGCUACUGGAAGUCUUCUUGGUGAAGUUUUUAUCCAUCUUCUGCCAGAAUCCUGGAUUAACAGUGACAUCGACACAUUUCAGAUUCCUGGAUUUUGGAUACUCAGUGGACUUCUGCUGUUUUUUAUUAUCGAGAAGUUAUGUAUUAAUGAUUCUACUGAAAAAGAGGUCGAAGGUUAUCUCAAUCUUGCUGCCAAUAUAAUUGAUAACUUUACUCAUGGUGUGGCUAUUGCUGGAAGUUAUCUUGUAUCUCUUCGUUUAGGGAUUUUGACGACUACCUGCAUAUUAGUCCAUGAAGUUCCUCAUGAAAUGGCUGAUUUUGUAAUUUUACUCCGAAGUGGGUUCAGUCGAUGGGAAGCUGCUAAAGCUCAAUUAGCUACAGCAUCUGGAUCUACUUUAGUAACCGGUUGUACAACAAAAUGGAUACUUCCAUUUACUGCCGGUGGCUUUCUAUACAUUGCAUUGGUUUCUCUUCUGCCUGAUAUUUUAAAAGAAUUAUCAUUUAAGGAAUCAAUUAUUCAUUUAAGUCUUAUGUUUUUUGGUUUAACUUCAAUGGCAAUUGUGUCAUAUGCAAUGGAUUGAAUUGAUAAAUAUUAUGAUCAGAAUGAAAAUAACAACAACAACCAUGCUACAUAAUGAUAUAUACACAGAUUUGUAAAGAAAAAAUGAUCAUCAAUCGUUGAAAACAGAACACCUAAAAGAUUAUCUAAUUUCUUAUAUCCGGUUGUCAUUAUACCCCGUUCUCAUUCUCACCUGUUUGCCUUCUCUUAUUUAUCCAAUUAAUGUAUAUGUAUAAACAUAAUAUGUCUUAUUGUUAUGAUAAUGAUGAGAAAUCUAGAAAAGAUCUCUAUGAAACAAUUACUCUCCAUCAUUCAUCCUCUUUUUCUCGGUUAUUUCACAUUUUUCUCUAUUGUGAGUUUCUUUCUUUCUUUUUCGAUAUAUAUAUAUAUAUAUAAUCUGAUCUAAUCAUUGUUAAAUCCAGU